GAAGGGAGGAGCAUCGGAUCAAGGCGGUGGAGUCGUUGGUCGUCCCUAAAGUCAAAAGACCUAAUUGAGUUGUCAUGUAUCCGCAAUCAGCUGCCCUGCCUGCUGAUAUCAGCUUACAGUGUACCGAUGAGGAGCUCUGUGUGUCCUUAGAGAAAAUACAGGACGGAUCCCCGCUUCCUGGAAAUGUGAUUCGAGAUGUAAAUCCUUACCGAUGCGCGCCCUCGAAUUUACCCGAUGGUUUUUGGUACUUCAUUCGCUCGAGUGAGAGCAACCCUACAAAUAUUGGGCAGUGGAGAGCCAAAGGGGAGGCCAGUAGAAUAUUCUCAAACUCCUCCAUCUAUGGUUGGAGAGCUACACUUGAAUUCUAUCGAGGCCAAGCCCCUCAUGAAACUAAAACCAAUUGGGUGAUGCAAGAAUACUGGAUAACUCAGAAGAAAUCGUCGGAAAGCAGCAAAUUGAAGAUAAAUGUGCAGGAUGUCGGGUCGCUUUGCAGAGUCUUUCUUAGGGAUGAUGAAACACCAAACUCCAAUAAGCUUCAGGAAUUGGUGAAUUCUGAUAGGGCUAUUCACUCAACACAUUCAGUUGUUCCGCGUGUUGAGGAUCGUGGUUCCACCAGCAAGCCUCGUGUUGAAAAUGAGGCAAGCAAUGAUCGCGAAACGGGAACAUUGGUAGUUACAGAAAGGCUUCCAGUUCGAGAUGAUAAUGUGCAAAUUAUGCACGAGAAUGAUUACCUUUCGAGAGGCGACUACUUGGAAUUGCUGGAUCUUGACACACCAGCAUCUCAUUCAUUUAGUUCAGUUUCGAGUUGCUUGACAAUGUCCUCGGACGAAUGCUUCGAUUCUCUGGCAUUGUUGGAAGAACUAGAGCCUAAAAGUAAGCAAGAAUUGGUGACGAACAACAAUAAGUUGGUCGUGUUUGCAUCCUCUUCAGGAUCUUUCGACAAGUCUCGCGACAAAGAAAGAAUCAGAAAUCGUUCUCCGAAUCCUGGCUCAUCUGUUUGUGCCAAGAUUGUCACAGAAAAUAGUUCAAAAAAUGCGAGCAGAAAACAAAAAUCAGACGAUAGGAAUGAAGGGCCAUCAAAUUCUCAGAAUGCUAAUGUUGGUGGAACCAAAAAGCUUAAGAGGAAGAAGUAUUUCUGCUUCAUGCCGUUUUAGGUCAUCUGUUUUCAUUCUACACGUGUGUAUUUAUGUAUAUUAACGAAUUUGAGUAGCAAAUAAUCAACAUCAUACUUAGACAUUUUUUGUAUUGUUCAAAUGAAUCAUUUUGGAAAUUUUUUUGUAGAAUCUUUUUUCUACUAUUGUCUGCUUUAUUACACUAAACAUGGUAAAUACCAUAUUAAACUAAGUAUGGUAAAUACCAAAAAUAUAUAUGACAAUAUUUGGGAAUUUCUUA